CAGCAUCAUGGCCUCUGACCUGGAAAGCAGCCUCACUUCCAUAGACUGGCUCCCACAGCUUACUUUAAGGGCUACUAUUGAAAAAUUAGGUGGUUCCUCACAAGCAGGACCUCCAGGGGCUGCCCGAAAAUGUCCCCCUGGCUCCCCAACAGAUCCCAAUGCCACCCUGAGUAAGGAUGAGGCUGCAGUGCACCAAGAUGGAAAGCCACGUUACAGCUACGCCACUCUGAUCACAUAUGCCAUCAACUCAUCACCUGCCAAGAAGAUGACGCUUAGUGAGAUCUACCGUUGGAUCUGUGACAACUUGCCCUACUAUAAAAAUGCUGGUAUUGGUUGGAAGAACUCUAUUCGUCAUAACCUCUCUCUGAAUAAAUGUUUUCGGAAGGUGCCUCGACCAAGAGAUGAUCCUGGAAAGGGCUCUUAUUGGACAAUAGAUACAUGUCCAGAUAUAUCUCGCAAGAGGCGGCAUCCUCCAGAUGAUGACAUACCACAAGACUCCCCAGAGCAAGAGGCAAGUAAAAGCCCUCGAGGGGCUGUUUCAGUCAGCACAGAAGCCUCCUUGCCACCUGAGGCCACACCUCAGCUGUCGCUCCAGAGCACCACCCCCAUUGCCAACUAUAGUCAGCAAGGUGCAGGGCCUGUGGAUGUUGCCUCUACUGUAGCUGGGGGGCAGGGCCGUGAAGGGUCCGAUGUGCCACCCCCACUGUACAGUGCCAACCAUGACUUCAAAUUCUCCUACUCCGAGAUCAACUUCCAGGAUCUUAGCUGGUCCUUCCGAAAUCUCUACAAAUCCAUGCUGGAGAAAUCAUCUUCCUCUCAGCACGGUUUCUCUUCUCUCCUUGGUGACAUGCAGCCCUCCAACCACAACUACUACAUGUACCAGCAACAGCAAGGCCACUCAUCAGUGGGUGCUGCUCCCCCACUCCACACUCCAACCCCAGAGGGUUGCCCAUCCCAAGGUGGAAAGCAGCAGGGUGGUGAAGGUUAUGGCCCUCCACCAGUGAUGUCCAUGCACCCACCUCCAAUGCAGCAUGGAGGAUACCACCAGCAUCAACAACAUCACCCACACUCCCACCCGCAGCAGCAGCCACCACAUCAGCAGCAGCAGCAGCAGUCACAGGCUUCAAUCAACAAUGCUGGCUUUGCCUUUCCCUCUGAUUGGUGCUCCAACAUUGAUUCCCUGAAGGAAAGCUUCAAGAUGGUAAACCGUCUGAACUGGUCUAGCAUUGAGCACUCCCAGUUCUCAGAGCUGAUGGAGAGUCUGCGCCAGGCUGAACGGAAGAACUGGACGCUGGAUCAACACCAUAUUGCCAAUCUCUGUGACUCCCUUAAUCACUUCCUUACCCAGACUGGUCAGCUCCCUCAUCUGGUUGGCCCACAGCAGCCCCCUCGAAUCUCUGAUUCUUGUGCCCUGAACAGUGGCAAACAGGAGCAAUCCAUGAACCAAGUGAACUCCUAUGGUCAGCCCCAGCCUCCCCAUCUGUUCUCUGGGCCAUCUCCUAUGUACCAGAUUUCUACCCAGGACUCUCCAGGAUAUAAUCGCCCAGCUCACCACCUGGUCCCUCGGCCUCCAGGGCCUCCUCCAAGCGCCAAUGAAGAAAUCCCCGACGAUUUCGACUGGGACUUGAUCACCUAGCGAGUUACAGACUUGAUAGCCCGUCCUGUGUGAGGGACGCGGGAGGGGAGGGGGAUGUGGGAUGAAUGGUGCCAGCACCACCCUCCCCAGCCUCCCUGCCUUGCCUGUAUAUAGAUAUAUAUUCUCUAUCUCCGCCAGAGAAGCCACCGCAAGAUGCUGCCGAAGAUAAUCCUUCCUUGCGUC